AUGGCUUCAAACAUGCCCCAGGAAAGGAUGUGGGAAGAGGUCAAGUGUCCCAUUUGCUCUAAACCCAUGGUGGAGUCUGUAAGUACUGAAUGUGAACAUAGCUUCUGCAAAGAAUGCAUCAUCCCUCAGGUUGGAAGAGAUGGGGACAGUGCCUGCCCUGUGUGCCAGGCCACCCUUAUCCUCCAGCCUAAUGUAGAGCUAAGCAGUAAGGUGAACAACCUCAUACAACAGGUCCAAAGCUCUGAGGAAGGCCCACAGGGACAUCAUUGUGGGAUUCAUGGAGAGCAACUUCACCUGUUCUGUAAGGAACAUGGGAAGCUUUUUCACUUGAUGUGCGAGGAAUGUCUAAAACACCUUGCCCAUCGCAUGGACUCUAUUGAUGAAGAAGCUCAGGAGUACCAGGAGAAGCUCCAGGUAGUUCUUAGGAAGCUGAUAGAAGAACAGGAAUUGAUUGAGAACUUGGAAAUCAAUGUUGCUGAGAAGAGAGCUGAAUGGAAGAGCAAAGUUGAGAUGCGCAAGUCAAGGAUUCACAUGGAGUUCAAGCAGCAGAUAACUUUUCUGGCUGAAGAAGAACAAAGACAAUUACAGAAACUAGAAGAAGAAGAGAGGGCUCAACUGAGAAUUCUGGGGGAGACUGAGACUCAGUUGUCUCAGCAAAGCCAAAGCCUGCAGGAGCUGAUCUCACAGGUGGAGCGAAGGAGUUGGGACUCUGCACUGGACAUGCUGCAGGAGGUUAAAAGUAUCCUUGAAAGGAGUGAGACCUGGGGAAUGAAGAAGCUGGACAUUGUCUGCCCAGACCCAAGGACUAAGUGUUCUGUGCCCGGGCUAAAGACGAUGCUGAGGACGUUCGGAGUGCACAUCAAAUUGGAUCCAGACACGGCAAAUCCAUGCCUCAUCCUUUCUGAGGAUCUGAGACAAGUGAGAUUUGGAGACACCCACCAGAAGUUGCCUGACAAUGAUAAGAUAUUUGAUUUUUAUCCCAUAGUUCUUGGUGCCGAGAGCUUCAGCUCUGGAAAGCAUUACUGGGAAGUCGAUGUGACUGGAAAGAAAGCCUGGGACCUAGGGGUUUGUAGAGACUCUGUGCAAAGGAAGGGACAAUUUUUGCUCUACCCUGAGAAUGGCUUCUGGACAAUUUGGUUGUGGAAGGAACAAACAUAUGACGCUGGAACCUCCUUUAAGACUUCACUUCACCUUGAGGUGCCUCCAUGCCAAGUUGGAAUUUUCUUGGACUGUGAUUCUGGCACAGUCUCCUUCUACAAUGUCACUGACCAUGGCUCCCUUAUCUACACUUUCUCUGAAUGUGCCUUUGGUGGGCCCCUGAGGCCCUUCUUUAACCCUGGUUUCAAUGAUGACGAAGGAAACACUGCUCCUCUGAUCCUCUGUCACUGA